AUGGAGCAAAAAGCCACAGUGCUCAUCAUCGGCGCAGGCCCCGCCGGUCUAGCCACUUCGGCAUGUUUAAACCUCAAAAACAUAGCCAACAUUGUGCUAGAGCGCGAGGACUGCGCCGCCUCUCUGUGGCGGAAGCGAGCCUACGACCGCCUCAAGCUCCACCUCGCCAAGGAGUUCUGCCAGCUCCCCCACUUGCCCUUCCCCGCCGGCUCCCCCACCUUCAUCCCCAAAAACGCCUUCAUCAACUACCUCGAUGACUACGUGGACAAAUUCGAUGUCAGCCCGUUGUUCUGUCGCAGCGCUGUGUCGGCCUCCCUGGAGGCCGGGAGCGGGAAGUGGGCCGUGGUGGCCCAAAACCUCGUCUCAGGGGACACGGAGAGGUACGAGGCUGAGUUUCUCGUUGUUGCCACGGGGGAGAAUAGCGAGGGUUUCAUCCCUCGUGUGGAGGGGCUGGGCUUGUUCGAGGGGGAGGUUCUCCACUCGAGCAAGUUCGAGAAUGGGGGCCGGUUCGAAGGGAAGGAGGUGUUGGUGGUGGGAAGCGGGAAUUCCGGGAUGGAGAUCGCGUUGGAUCUGGCUAAUUGGGGCGCCCGGACCUCGAUUGUGAUCCGGAGCCCAGUGCAUGUGUUAACUGAGAAUAUGGUGAGAUUGGGGAUGACAUUACUAGCCUAUCUACCGUUGUAUUUGGUGGAUAAUCUGGUCAUGAUUCUAGGCGAUUUGAGACUCGGAAGACUUACUAAAUACGGCAUCGUAAAGCCCAAAGAGGGCCCGUUUGCUCUGAAACUGUCGACCGGAAGAUCCCCCGUCAUCGAUGUCGGGACCAUCAGUAAAAUUAAAGCCGGAGAAAUCCAAGUGCUCCCAGCUAUGAAGAUGGUGGAAGGGAACAAGGUUGAGUUCAGCAACGGCCGCAUAAAAAGUUUCGACGCCAUCGUGUUCGCCACCGGCUACAACAGCACCGUCAAGAAAUGGCUAAAGGGAGAUGGUGAUAGCCUUUUUGCAGAAAAUGGAAUGCCAAAGGUGAAACCUCCGAAUCACUGGAAGGGCGAAAACGGGCUUUACUGUGCUGGAUUUGCGAGCGCUGGGCUGGCUGGCGUUGCCCAAGACGCGAAGAAGAUAUCGCAGGACAUACAUGCGACUCUAUUCCCCCUUCCAAAAUAG